GUGCGACAACCAGUCCAUCCGCGGUGACGGCGACGAAUAGAUCGCGACUCCGUUGUUGCGCGACAAUCGAUUUCCCAUUCGUCGAUCCAUCGACAGCGUCACCGGAAACGGGCAACCGCGACUGACCAUCGACCUGGUUUUCUUACGAAGCAUUUUGUGUGAUCGCGUACAUUUAUUUAUUUAUUUAUUUUUUUUUUUGGUGCCAAACGAAGAAGGAAAAGUGCCUCUCGACUAUCGAAACGAACCUGGUUGCGCACAGAAAUGGACAACGUUUUAUUCGAUUAACAGUUGGAAGAAGGAAGAACCUGCGCGACCGGACUUGCACUCUCGUUUUUGGCGGCGUCAUCCGUGAGUCAGGAGGAAGUCGGAUGUUCCGCUGUUCGCGAAUCGCUAUGACGGAUGAUUCGUGAAAAGAAUUAAUGCGGCCUCGGAGGUGGAUCAAAGUCGAAUGAAUCACUCGAAACGGUACAGAAACUCGUCAUCGUCGAAAUGGACAAUUUGCCCACGUGGAUGCUACGUGUUUCGGAAAACAGUACGUCGGAGAGCCCGAUAAUCGAUGGCGAACUGUCCAGGUUCCCGGCGCCGCUGAGGACGUUCGCAGCUGUGGUCGCUAUUAUAAUAAUGAUCGUCGGUCUGACUGGCAAUCUAUUGACGAUCAUUGCGUUGUGCAAGUACCCGAAAGUGCGAAACGUUGCGGCAGCUUUUAUUAUCAGCCUGUGCGUGGCAGACUUCGUGUUCUGCCUUUUAGUACUGCCGUUCGAUUCCAUCAGGUUCGUCAAUGCCAGUUGGGCGGAAGUGCGGUUUCUCUGCAUCCUCGUACCUUUCCUUAGAUACGGGAACGUUGGCGUCAGCCUCCUCUCCGUUGCAGUUAUCACUAUCAAUAGAUACAUCAUGAUAGCUCAUCAUGGCCUGUACAGCAAGGUCUACAAGAAAUAUUGGAUCGCGUUUAUGAUAGUCUUUUGCUGGCUCUUCUCUUAUGGGAUGCAAGUGCCCACCCUGUUGGGAAUAUGGGGUAGGUUCGACUACGACGCAAAUUUAGAAACCUGCUCUAUCGUUAAGGACAGUAGAGGCGGCACUUCGAAGACAUUCCUAUUCGUCAUGGGUUUCGUGAUACCUUGCUUGGUAAUCGUGGGAUGUUACACGAAAAUAUUUUGGGUUGUACACAGCUCCGAGUCAAGAAUGCGAAAACAUGCAACGCCAACGAUAAAGUCCCCUCAUACCCCAGGAAGGGACACCAGAGAGAUCAAACAGAGACGCAGCGAGUGGCGGAUCACGAAAAUGGUCCUCGCCAUUUUCCUCAGCUUCGUCGCUUGUUACCUUCCGAUCACUAUCGUCAAAGUCGCCGACGUCCAAGUUCGAUAUCCAGAAUUUCACGUGAUGGGCUACCUUCUCCUGUACUUUGCCUCGUGCGUGAAUCCGAUCAUAUACGUGAUCAUGAACAAGCAGUACAGGCAGGCGUACGCUGGGGUGAUAGGCUGUUCGAGGAUAAGGGCGAGCCUGACGCCUUAUGGCAGCAGUGCCCCGUGUCACCAACAGCAGGACUACGGCCAAGGUAACUUCGAGCACCGUCGCGUGGUAACGCUCACCAAGCUCUGACCGAACGCGAGCUAAGCGACCACACUUCGCUCACUUCACUACUCGAAGGACUUCAGCAAGACGAUGGUGUCGACGGUCUCCAUCGCUAUGAAUCCAGUGAGAAAUCCUCAGUUCGACGAGGAUCCUUAAAUUUGGGAUCGAGCUAGCCACUAAUGGAGAUCCUCGCCACAGAGGAUAUGACUAAACAUGAAAAGAAUGACGAUUAUGAAUGACCGAUGUUUGAAGAAGACAGGAAAUACGAAUUGUAAAUAGAAGGUUUUAUAAAUUGACGAGACUGCUCGGUGGACGAAGGAAGUGCAGGGAAGAAUUCACGUGGGUGCAAGGACGCAACUGUUCUCAGACAUGCUUGGAACUUGGUAUAAUAUUACUUCGUUAACUGAUCGCCACAUUUUAAGUCAGUUUUCUUCGAUAUCCAACGGUACCAUCUUACGAGGAGAGUGGAAUAUGAUAUAAGAGUGAAUCAAAUGGACGAUAUAUCGCAAGACUAGAAAGGCAAUUAAAAUUGGAUUGGUUGGUGAGGCUAUAUCACAGAGUAGCUUUAGUGUCAAUAGUACUCUGUGGUUAUACUGUAACUAACGCGAUGGCUGGUGUUGUAUAAUAGGGAAUAAACUAAGUUAUUUAUCGACUGACAAACGAAAUAUUAAUAGAAACGUAGAAAAAAAAGAAGUAAACGAAAUACUCUACGUAUAUAAAUAAUCUAAGAGACGCUCGGAAGCAAGUAUCGAGCUUUUGCCAAAGGUUGCACACGAAUAUAUUUGUACAUAAAAUACGCACGACAACUUUUAAUGAUACGAUGUAAGAAUGAAGUAAACGUGACGCUGACGAAGUUCGAAAACAUUCGUAGUUUAAUGU